AUGCCUCCAAAGUACUGGCAGAUCUUGGCCUUUGUGUUCGCCAUCUGGGAGGUGAAUGAGAAUCCCCGACUCCUGCCCAACCUCACCCUGGGCUACGACUUCUAUAAGUCCUAUAUUGAUGGAAGAACCAUCUCCUAUGCCAUGCUGCAGCUUCUUAGCGUGCCUCAGUCAAGGUGCACUGAGCCAUGUCACCCAGGUUAUGUCAAGAAGGUUCAGGAAGGAGCACCGCCAUGCUGCUUUCUCUGUGCUCCAUGUGCAGAAGGGACCAUCUCCACCCAAGAAGAUGCAGAGCAUUGCACCAAGUGUCCAGAAGAUCAGCAUCCAAACCAGGACCAAGAUCGAUGCAUCCACAAGAGUGUAACCUUCCUGUCCUAUGAAGAACCUUUAGGAAGCAUCCUGGCUUCCUUUGCCCUGUUCUUAUCCUUAGUGUCCAGUUUUGUGUUAGGCAUCUUCAUUAAGUACCUAGAAACUCCAGUAGUCAAAGCCAACAACCGAGACCUUUCCUAUAUUCUGUUGGUGUCCCUCCUGCUUUCCUUCCUGACCUCUUUCUUAUUCAUUGGCCAGCCACGAUACAUGACUUGCCUCCUCCGACAAAUGGCCUUCAGCAUCAUCUUCUCAGUUGCCACCUCUAGUGUGUUGGCCAAAACUAUCACUGUGGUGCUGGCCUUCCUGGCCACCAAGCCAGGGAACAAGGUAAGAAGGUGGCUGGGGAAGAGCCUUGCAAGCUGCAUUGUCAUUUCAUGUUCCAGUGUGCAGGUCGUCAUCUGCUCUAUCUGGCUGAACAUGUCUCCACCCUUCCCAGAUGCUGACAUGCACUCCUUGCCUGGACACAUCAUCCUGCAGUGCAACGAGGGCUCUGUGGCCAUGUUCUACACUGCCCUGGGCUACAUGGGCUUCCUGGCUGCCAUCUGCUUCACGGUGGCCUUCCUGGCCAGGAAGCUGCCCGGGGCCUUCAACGAAGCCAAGCUGAUCACCUUCAGCAUGCUGGUCUUCUGCAAUGUCUGGGUGUCCUUCGUGCCCUCCUACCUGAGCACAAAGGGCAAGUACAUGGUGGCUGUGCAGGUGUUCUCCAUCUUGGCCUCCAGUGCUGGGCUGCUGGGCUGCAUCUUCAUCCCCAAGUGCUACAUCAUUGUCCUGAGGCCUGACCUGAAUAAGAAGGAACAUCUCAUGAUGAAGAGCAAGCAUGCCAUCUUAUCAGGGUACUGGCACAUCCUGGCCUUCCUGUUUGCCAUUCAGGAGGUCAACCAGAAUCCUGGGCUCCUGCCCAACAUCACCCUGGGCUACAACAUCUAUGAGAGCCAUUUUUAUGGAAGAACUACCUCCUAUGCCAUGCUGCAGCUGCUAGUGGGUGGGGGAGCCAACCUUCCCAAUUACAGCUGUGGUAAAAAGAAGAACCUGCUGGCCAUUCUUGAAGGGUCUGAAUCUGACCUCUCCAUCCUGAUUUCAGCCAUGUCAGGCAUCUACAAGAUCCCACAGACUGUCCCUCGUUCCAAGUGUGUUGAGAGCUGUCAUCCCGGAUCUGCCAAGAAGAUCCAGGAAGGAGAGCCCCCAUGCUGCUACACCUGUGCUUCCUGUGGAGAUGGAACCAUCUCCACUCAGGAAGUGUUCAUGAGAGCUGACACUGAGAACUUAUCCUACAGGUUGUUGUGA